UUUAUAGUUAUUUAAAAGCAAGAUGGAGUUACUUAGGUUCAAAUUUAAUUAAACUCUGGCCUAAAGAUAAUGAAAUUUCUCUACUCCAAUAAGACUUGAAAUAUCUCAGUUAAACCCUCCUGAGAAGCAAUUUUUUUUUUCCAGAAUCAUUAUAACAGGUCAAACCAGAAGUGUAGACCUGGGCUUUUGGCAAGUAUGCCCCUGCCACUAACUUGGUGUGUUACCUUGAAUAUAUCACCUCAUCUCCCUGUGCCUCAGCUUCCUCAUCUGUAUGAAAGACUAAAAUGGUGAUCUCUCAAAUCCCUUCCAGGGUGCAUGCUGUAUCCAACAGCAUGAGUAAUCUAAAAAUGAAUAGAGAAUGAGGUAAAAAUUGAAAAGUGGUAAAAAUGGGUUCCAAUGGCUUGCGUCUUUAGUUAAAAGAAAUCACUUAUGUUUUAGCCUUCUUUUAAAGUGUAAUUGACUUUUUCCUCACAAGUGUUGAUGAAUAAUAUUGAAUUGCAUUUAGGGCUUUUGGGAGCUAGUAGAGUGAGUCUGGGAAGACUUCAUAGAAGAGAUGACCCUUUAGAAAGAGGGCAGCACUGGUGUAACUUAAUAAAUGUUUGUUUAGACUAGAUGUAGAAAUGGAGAGAGAAAUAGUUAUGUGCAGAAGGGAGAGGUUACAUGUGUUUACUAUGAGUUGUGUUGUCAUGGGCUAGAUGUUUUAGGGAAGGGGAAUAGGUCAGCUAGUAGAAUCUUGCUGAAGAUCUCCUAAUGUGAGGGUGUUUGCCAAGGUCAGUGGUACUGUCAGGGAAGGAAAAAGAAUUAUAGAAAUAUUUAUGAACAUGUCCUCCAGCCUUUUGCCUCAGAAAUGGACUUUGGUCUUCCCUUCUGCACUGGUACUUGGGUAUGAAUCUAGCCCUUUAAAUGUAUGGGAGGGGCUGGUUGCCUUGGCAGAAGGCCUGGUUUCCAUGGAGAUUAGGUAUGGCUCACAAGGUGGUAACUGUUGUAAUUAAUAGCAGCAUAUCUUGGGAAGUGGCCACAUUUGAAAUCACCAGAUUCUAAAAUUCCUGGGGUGAGUGGCUCCUCCCCACCAUUCAGAAGCCACUCCUGAUUCCUUUACAAGCCUUUGGGGCACAUCCAACUCAUCAAGGUUAAUGAAGCCACCAGGAUUAAGGACUCUGUGCUGAGCCCAGGACUCUUGGGUUCGGACCCAGCUUGAGUAUCUUAGACUGAAAGUGGUCCAACUAUGCAGAGAAUGUGGCCCAUAAGGGAGCAUUGAAGGAACAGCUUGGAGUGUGUCUUUUUUAGCAGAGGGACCCUGAAACAAAUCAAGUGGGACUUGGCCUACAUCAAGGUGAUUAUUGAUGCAAGGGACAGUGUACAUCAUGAGGGAAUACCUGAGCUGACCCUUGGAUGAAGCCAGAUCUCCACCAACUAACACUUUUCCCAGUUCACCCCAACUGUCUCUGAAUAACCAGACUCCAGCCUAUUCAAGUCUCCUUAGGCUUCUGACUAUUGCCACCUAGUUAUCAUGGAGUCCCAUGGGGAGAGAGCUGGAGAGGGUGAUAAGGUACGUCUUACAGCCCAAAUGCUUAAAGCCUGGUCAGGUGAAUUUUCCUUGGAAUCCAUUUUGUUGUUGAAACUUUGUGGUUUAGGGCUGGUGGACUUGGGCUGCUUAGGUGAAUGUUUGGGACUGGAAUGGCUGGACUUGUCUGGUAACACCCUCACCCACCUGGGACCCCUGUCCUCCCUCCGGCAGCUAGCUGUACUCAAUGUCUCCUCCAACCGUUUGACAGGACUAGAACCGUUGGCCUCUUGUGAGAACCUGCAGAGUCUCAAUGUAGCUGGUAACUUGCUGGCAGGGGUGGGUCAACUGAAGUGUCUGACAGGACUUCAGCGCCUGGAACAUCUGAGGCUUCAGGACCCCUUGGCACGGCUUAGCAACCCACUCUGUAAGAGUCCUUCUUACAGGGCUGCGGUGGGGGAGCUGUUGCCUGGCCUAAAAGUCAUUGAUGGGGAGCGAGUGUCAGGUCAGGGCAGUGAAUUCUACCAGCUGUGCCGGGACCUUGACAAAUGCUUGCAUCGGAACCCAGGGCCCGUCCCUCCCUGUGAGGCUAAGCCCUGGGUGGAGCCCAGCUACUGGAAGCCACCCCAGGACCAGGGCAACUCCAUUCUGGAAGAAGCAUGUCGCCAGUUCCAGGAUACAGUACAAGAAUGCCAAGAGCUAAGCCAGAAGGCUGAUGAUACUUUAGCCCAGGCAGAAGAGGCUCUUAGACCUGCCAGGGGGGAUACAACUUCCUUUGUCUUCUAAACCCAGCUAAUACCCAAUGUUGAGAAGGAAGUUUCCCAGAGCACCAGGCUUUGAAGAAUCACAGCCUUCAUUAUUGGCCCCACAAAUUGUAUCUAAUUAGUUUUGUCCCCCUUAUUAUGUUUCCUACAUACUCUCAUGGAAAAUUAAGUCUAGAGUCUCAUUCUUGUGGAGAUAGUUUGAACCCUCUUCCUUCUUUCUAUCUGUAUGUACUCAGAGAAACCAAACAUUCCAGACCUCUUCCAGAGUAUGUUGUGCCUCCCCCAGCUCCUGCUCUCACAAGAUUGAUACCAAGAGAGCAGGUGCUUUUACCUAAAUUGAUUCUCUACCCCCCAGUGGGGUACUGGUGGAUAUGUAAAAGCUUCUUGAAAAAAUAAAAUAUGCUAUGCUAGUAAGAA